UAGCAGGUCUGCAGAUAUUUAAUUCAUUUCGGGACAAUCCAUAUCACAGUUUGCUUAGUGAACUACUACUACUAGUUAAUAUUAAAGUUAGACUAUCGAAUGGAUAUAACAUAACAAAACUAAGUCACCUUAACAUUUAAUUUUAACAAUUUUUUUAAUCUAUUGUAUUUUAAUUUCCUUUAUCGAAGUCUAAGCACACAACACUACUAUUUCGAUUUGUGAAAAAUCGUGGUCGCCACAAAUAUUUUGGCAACUAUGGCUUACUUAGAUCUGAUCCAUGAGCUUUCAACCAAUGAUAAACUGGAGCCAUGCAUGGACCGCCUUCCUUAUUUCCAUAUUGCACACUGAAUUGUCAAAAGGAAUGGAUAAAUAAAUAAAUAUGGAAAUAAAGACACAAGAGAAAAAUAAAUAUAAAAUAAAUGAUGAAAAAUUAAGUUAAAAUACAGAAAAUAAUAAUCAAAGAAAAAGGCAAUACAUACAUAAAUAAAAACUAUAUUUUUUAAGUAACCAAAUUCUGUUAUUUAUUUAUUUUUAAUUAUUCAAGGUUUGCAUUGCAUCCAUACUAUACGAUUGAACAUAAAUAACGUUACAAUUGUUAAUACAUCAAAUGUUUGAAAGGGUUAUUUAAAGAUAGCCAUAUAGACAACAACACCUGUUGAUAUAUUCGAGUGUUUUCCAGCCCCUUUACCACCACAGGGCGGAGCUAAAAUAAAAGCGCUCUGUUGUUGUUCAAGCUGAAGCAAGGAAAGAUUCACGUCUGCACACAGCAAGCGCCAUCUGUUUACCAAUCCAUCCACAAAACAGCGAUCGAUAGUAAACUAUGGUGAUAAAGCGAAUUAGAUCGGAAUACAUGAAGAGGUUUAAGGACCCAAAAUGGGAAACCUACGCAAAGUGUUAUGAUGAUUUGCUGAAGUACCGUAUGUCAAGACGACUGCUGGAGCAAGCACACAACCCCUGGUUUUGGGAAGAAUGGGGAAGUGAGACAGAGUCCAGUGGAAAAUCUACUCCUGUGUGUCGAAACAAAGUUGAACCCCUGAGGCCACAUGAUGAGAAACCAGCACGACCUGCAAAUGUGACAACAGAACCUGCAGCUGAACCAGAACCUCAGAGGGAAGUACAAGAAACCAACGUAGUUCCCAGAGAUGCUGAGCAGAAUCAUCAGGUUGUGGAGGAAGAGGCUCUCGUACCAGAAACUGAUACACAUACCCAGAACACACCAAAGAGCAAACGCCACAGGACCACAAGAUCAAAGGUCAAGCCGCAUGUCACCAAAGACACAGACAAAGAGAAUCGUCACCCUUUUGCACUGUAUGGAUCAGGAGAGAAACAGACAGAUAUGGCCUCCAGGAAAACCCAUAAUGUUGGUCCUGUAGCAUCAACCUCAGAGAUCCAUGAGUCAGCUUUGCGAGCAAAAACCAGACGGGAGGUGGAAAAACAGAUGAAGAGAGUUGACAAGCAGAGAGCAAGAUCCGUUGACUUGGUAAAGAUCGUAAAUGAGAGUGCACCGGAUUACAACCCCUGGAUGACAGAGUACAUGCGCUGCUUCUCUGCUAGAACUCGGUAAAAUUGGUUUCAGAAAAUCUUUGCCAAACAAUGUCUGUAACUACCUAACCACUCAGGGUUAAAAACCAGAAACCUUCCAAGUAAGGACUGGUAAAGAACAUACAUUUUAUCCAGCAGACUUUGCCGUCUUCCGAAAUGGGUCACAAUGAAUUAAACUUAACUUAAUGUGAGAUUUUUCAGAGGUUUUAUUUAGACCAUGGAGAUGUUACAUUUACUAGUAAGCCUAGCCUAUAUAUCAAACCUCACAUUACAAUCCAUUGAUGGUACAGUGCAAAUAAUCACAUAGAGACAGAGCGCAGCGCAUCAUAACUUGAAAAUCACGCCCACCGGGGGGAAAACAACCCAACCAUCUCCAUUGACUUUGUAUAGCGAGAGGCUGGCUCCUUGUCAUUUCUGGCUUAUAACAAAAAAACAGAAUAAUGCCUAAAAGCUGCUGUGUGACAAUAUGUACAGCUAACAAGCCAAAGAACCCAGAAAUAAGUUUUUAUAAGCUGUCGAGCCGUAAAACCCAGUCUUUAAGGAGAAAAAAGUGGAUCGCCGGCUACGUUUCCCCCUAGUGGGUGCAGUUCUACUAAUAGAAGUACUAUGAAAAGUUGCCUGUUUCCACUUUUGUGUCUUUAAACGCUUGUUUUUUGAGGUCGACAGCUUAUUAAAACUUAUUUCUUGGUUUUUUGGCUUGUUAGCCGUCUCACAGCACUUUUUAGGUAUUAUUCCGUUUUUAAGUUUAAUCUGUAAAUAAGUUUUUAUAAGCUGUCGACCCCAAAAAACGAGCGUUAAAAGACACAAAAGUGCAAACAUGCAACUUUUCAUAGCACUUCUAUUAGUAGAACAGCGUCCACUAGGGGGAAACGUAGUCGGCGAUCCACUUUUUUCUCCUUAAAGGCUUGGUUUUACAGCUCGACAGCUUAUAAAAACUUAUUUCUGGGUUCUUUGGCUUGUUAGCUGUACAUAUUGUCACACAGCAGCUUUUAGACAUUAUUCUGUUUUUGUUUUAAGCCACAAAUGACAAAGAGGAGGCCUGGAUUGUUUCCCCCCCCAGGUGGGCGUGGUUUUCAAAUUUGCAUAACUGCGCCCUGUCUCUAUGCCUUGUUGCAUGAUUUACAUACCAUGAGAUCUUAGCCAAUUAUUAACAAGUACUUUAAAGUGUUCAGUUAUUGUUAGACCAUUACCAGCAUAUGUUGUACUGUGAUGUAUUGCGAUAUGUAUUAUUUAAUUUGUGUUGUAUUAUUAUUUAGGAUUAAUGUGAAAAUCUGUUUUACUUCUUUGAAAAAAAAAAUUUGCUAAUGUGCAUCUUUGUAAAGUUUAAAUUUAUCAUAUUUAAAUAAGCUGCACAUUUGCAGUCCAACAGUUAAAGUUAUAUUUGUUAAGAAUUAGUUUGUUGUACAUUCAUGGCGUGUUUAAAAAACGAUGUUGUAUAUAAGCAGUAGUAUAAUGUAGAAGGUGUAAAGCAUAAAACUACAGUAAACUGAAAAAAUAUUAUUUGUAAAAAGUUAAUGUGUUAAUAUAAAGUAAAAACAAUUCCAUCUUAGUGUUCAUGACCAAGCAUAAUAUAUGUUCAGUGACACUCAGGUAUUAAUCAGGAAAAUAAUGACAAUUAUUUAUAAAAGCGUUUUGAAUGAAUAAUUGUAUUUGGAAUCUGUAAUGGAAGAAUAUAUGUUUUAUAUUAACAAAUGUGCUGCCAUUUUCCCCACAUCUUUAUUGUCAAUUUUGACAUUUAUAGUUUAUAAAUAGUGUUGUUUUACUGUAACAGUAAUGAUGCCAUAAUGAGACUGAACUAUGGAAGCUGGUUUUAAGAGUGUUUAAGUAAGGUUUACAGUAAUUGCUUAGAUGUUUGCUUGUAAAAUCAAUGUUAUCACCUUGAGACCAUGAGAUUUGUUUGCUUAAUCUGUUGUAGUCCUAAUUUUAACAGGUUGUACUGUUUAAAGGGUGUUAUUAUUGGUUAGAUUUGUAUACUGGCUUUGCCAACAAAAUAAAGUAUUGCAUUUUU